UACUUGCUCAUUUUAUUUUAUUAAUUUGAUGAUAAUUCUGUUUAUCAGGUAGCACAUAACUUCUUUGUGUAACUGGUGCUAUGUGCUUUAAUUGUUAAAUAGAUUUUUUUUUUGUCAAAUAUAUUGCCAUAUGUCUUUUAUUUCAUUGAUUUUAAGUAGUUGCACAUGGUCUCUUGACUGUCAAUGAGGCAGCCAUUUCACAAAAUCCUCCAUUUUACCUAAAAUGUCACUGGUGUCACAGUCACUGGUGUUAUGUCAUAUUCAUGUGACACCAGUGACUAAUGUUAAUUAUAUGAAUGAUCACAACACUUGAAAAACUAUAUGAAACUGUGUGUGAUAUUUUAUUUAAAAAAUAAAACAUGUUGGUAAGUAUUUAAGUAAGUAAGUCUGUUAAUGCUUAUUUUGUCAUUUUGCUGUCAUAGCUAGGUAUGGCCAGACAGAGUGCAGCAGAGAGACAGAGGCUGUAUAGGCAGCGUAGAGAUGCAGAUCCAGAACUUAGGCCUGCUUACCUGGUAAAAAAGCAAGAGAAAUACAGGAGAGACAUUGAACAGAAUAAAAGAAAACUAAUAGGGGAUCUCUCAGAGAAAGGGAAACGUCAAGAAAGAAAAAGAUGGCGAGAAAGGCAGGCAUGGCAUAGAGCACAGUUAAGGGCAGCACCAGCGACACCAGACGCUGAACCUAACUCAAGACAGCAACACUAUGGGAGGAAAGUAGUUACAAAGCAAAAGUGGAAGUGCUAUCAAAGAAUAAAACAGUUGGAAAUAAAACUGAAGAAGAGCACUCAACUUUAUGCCAAAAUUAGGCAGAGAUACCGCUGUGCAGUUACAAAUACUAAAAAGGAAAAAAACACUAACAGUCCACAGAAGAACGCAGAAGCACUACUAAAGGGGUCAUCUGUACAUUCCCCUGUGAAGAGGACCUUAACUUUCCAUUUUGCCCUUGUGAGAAGUCUGCAGGAAAAGUAUCGCAAUGCAAAACAUGAAAAAGAAAAGCAACUUUAUGCUUGAUUGUUUACUUCCAAUUUGUUGAAAAAGUAUUGCAUGCAAUCUCUGUGUGAGAAAAAUUUAGGGUUCUCCUACAGACAAUGGAAAUUUGGAAAUGUGCAAAGUGCAGAAUUUCCCAGGACUAGAAAUACAGCUUCUCAGGCUAAGAAAAGAUCAGUGAAGAUGUUUUUUCUACGUGAUGAUGUGAGCAGGAUGACCACUGGAACAAAGAACACAAUUACCCUAAGGAAGGUUAAAAAGUAGCGACGACUUCUUUGUGACACCCUUCUAAAUCUGCAUAGGAGAUUUUUGGCAGAAAGUCCUGAUGCAGUGUCCUAUCCCUUCUUUUGCAGACAAAGACCUUUUUGGGUCAUGCAUCCAACUGAAGCUGACAGGAACACCUGUCAGUGUAAAACUCACGAAAACCUCCAAUACGUGGCAGAAAGUCUUUACAAUCAAGGCUUGUUGCAAACUAAAAAUCUGGAUGAGAUGGCAGGUGCUAUAGUUUGUGACACAAAGAGCAAAAUGUGUGCAUAUUCAGAGUGUCCAGAAUGCCGUGUGACAACAUUUCAAAUGAUAAAGAGUCCAUCAAAUGAAAACAUUUCGGUAACACAGUGGGUCCUUGAAAAGAUUGGAGAUGCUGGCCAUGACAAAAUGACCCUUUCUGUUAAAAAGGAGAUGGUCACCACAGAAGAUGCUCUGGUGACACAGUUCCAGGAGAGGCUUGCUCAUUACAGACGACACCUCUUCAACAUCAGAUGGCAAUAUGGAACAUAUCGGCAGGUGAGAGAGAAUUUGCAAGAAACUGACGCUUUAAUCCAUGUCGACUUUAGCGAGAAUUACAACUGCAAAUACUCACGAGAUUCAGUCUGUGCACUUUGGUGGAUCCCACCAGCAGGCUACACUGCACACUGGAGUUCUCUACAUCAAAGCAGAACAGCCCAUCAUCCCUUUCUGCUCCAUCUCGCCAAGCCACCAACAUGAUCCUCCAGCCAUCUGGGCUCAUCUUUCACCUAUUCUUAGCCAGCUGAGGGAGCAUUGUCCAGGUGUCACCAGCCUACAUUUUUUCAGCGACGGACCAGGUACGCAGUAUAAGCAGAAGGCUGACUUUUACAUGCUGUCCACUGAGCCAUUUAAGAUGGGCUUUAAGGAGACAAUCUGGCAUUUCUUUGAGGCCAGCCAUGGUAAGGGUGCACCAGAUGGCAUUGGUGGCUCCUUGAAAAGAACUGCAGACAGUCUAGUGCACCAUGGAACAGACAUUCCAGAUGCUGAAUCCCUGUUCCUUCAGCUCAAACACAAGACGUCUUCAGUGGAGCUGUUCUUUGUGUCACCAGAAGACGUGGAAAAAAUGGCACAACGCAUUGUGAACGGACCUCUACUUGUAACUAUUAAAGGCACGAUGAGGAUGCACCAGGUGAUCAGUGUGGUCCAAGAAAGCAUCAAAUACAGGCACAUCAGCUGUGUAUGCAAAAUGAUGGAUGGAGAUCCUUGACUGCCCAUGCUAUGGCCUUCAAGAGUACACUUUUGCCAGAAGUGAAAGUCAACAAGAAGACCAUACCAUUGAAAGGUCUGCCCCUGCUUUACUCCGUCCAGAAGUAAUCUCAAAAGUGCACAUUGGCCAGUGGUGUGUAAUAAACUAUGAUGCAGAUUCUUAUCCUGGCAUCAUUCUUGAAGUGGAGGCACACAACAUAAAAGUAAAAUGUAUGCACAGAAAUGGAGUUAAUAAAUUCUUCUGGCCCAGCCCAAGGGAAGAUGUCCGCUGGUAUGGGGAUGAUCAAAUUGUUUUAUUCCUGAGCCAGUCGCUCUGAACAAAAGGUCAGUUCAGAUUGACAAAAAAUCUGGCACUAUUUAGAGAAGCAUUUGUAAAACCUCCUUCACUCAUCUGCCCUGGUGUUCACUGAAGAGAGCAAAUAUAUGGGGAAUUUUAGCAGAUUUAAUUAUCUAUUCAUUUGUUAUGAGAAAAUGUGCUGACUUUCAAUGUAUUUGAUGAAUUUGAAAGCAAAAUGUUCUGCUAAAAUAUGAUAAAAUGAACAAUAUACAAGAUAAAAAUUCUUACUUUACAGAAACGAAAGGUUAACAUGAUGUUUUUUGCUCAUUUUGUAGUGCAUUGAUGUUUAUUAAGUGAAAUUGCUUGUUCAGUCACUGGUGUUACAGAUGUGUUACCAUGUGAUGCUUGUUCUUUUUCAUGAUGUUUUUUCUUAUUAAAAGUAUCCUGCAUGAAAUUUUAGAAUCAUUCAUUUCUGCACUGUUUCUUAUAUCAGUAGUUAAAUGUUCAUGUCUAUUGGACAAAAAUGUAUUAUUGUUUUUUUUUUUAAUAGUAUAGGAAGAUGCCUUUAAGUAUAAAGAAAGACCACUUUAUUUUUGUUAUUUUCAGUGCUUGUGUAUAAACAUACUUUGGUAACAUGUUAAGUUAAAUGGAAUUUCUUUAUCACAUUCAGUCACAUUGUAAUUUCAAUUAAAAAUAAUUAUAUUGAUGACAAAAUAAAUUCUUCAAGAUGGGCUAACACCAGUGACAAAUUGACCAAAACUUUGCAAUUUAUGUUAAAAUAUAUUAAAAUCUAUUUGGAAUU